AUGGAACGCACGUCGGAUUUUCCACUGCGCAUUGUCAAAACGUAUCUGUCACAAUUAGUCGAUGAUCGCCAACGUUUCAUUUUGGAUGAUUUGGCAAAAUGUUCCGAAUCGUCGGAUGAAAUGCGACAUUAUAUCCAUCGUAAACUACGUCAAAUAGACGCGACACCAACAGCCACGUCAAAAGUACAACUGUUGAAAGAAAUAUUUCAGAAAUUUGCCCAACGUGAGCGGACGAAAGAAGGUCUGAAUGAUUUGUAUGAUUUUAAAUUAAAAUAUCCGAAUAUUGACAUCCAGCCGUAUUUAUCAUCGACGACCGAGUCGUUUCAAAAGUUUGUUAGCGACGGCUUGAAAAAAAUCGAGAUUGAAAGACAACAACAACAACUAUCCUCAUUACCAUUGAGCGAGAGCAAUAGUACUAACAAUAGUGGUGAUGGUGGAGAUACAUUACUUUCACAAUAUACACGUUUGCAUCGGGAAAAGACACAGCAACUGAAAGAACAAUUUGUGUGGAUUGAUACCAUCUCGUCGUCACCUUCUUCAAACGAGCAACCAUCGUCGUCAUUACAAAUACCUGAUUUUGUACCAAUUUAUAACGAAAAAAUGAAAAUAAUCAAAGAAAAGUUUAAAACUGAGUUAGGCGAUGAUCUUCUAUUUGAUAAUCAGACUAAUGAUGAUCAACAGCUUAAUCGACAUCGAUUUUUUGAUCCAAAAUUGUACGGACAACGUUUAGAUUUGAUGCGGCAACAAUGUGGAUUAACAACAGCAACAAGUAGUGGAGCAGGAGUGAAAUCAACGGUACUUAGUAGUAGUAGUAGUAGUAGUAGUAAUAUCAAGCCUUGCGGUUAG